AUGGCUGGCAGGAACGCAUCAUAUCUGUCCGAUGCGCGGUACGUUUAUGAUUUCGUCGUAGCCACCACCCAGGCCAGCAUCAAUGCCGGUCUCUGGGAGUUUCUAUCCCAGUCCACUCAACCGGUCGAGUACAUCUCCUUCCUGUCCGAUCCGAAAACCGGGCUUCCCACAAUGGAAACUACACUGGAAGAGCUGCUGCACAAGACUGGCGGGGUCAACCCGUUCGAUAUCCCCUCCGACACCCCAUACACCGACCCGCGGAUCAAGUUCAUCAACAAAGCCCGUUUCGCGGUUGGGAUUAAGAUUCAGAUGGGCAUCCCGCCGCUGUGCUCCCCUAGCGACUCCCCGCCCAUUGUCAACCUCGGCAGCGAUGCCAGCAAAGUGGUCCUGAAUAUGUACUGUGCACAGAUUACCGUGAUUCAGAACCAUAAAGACCCGUAUGAUGACGACCUCAGCUCCUGGAACGUGUGGAGUCAGGCUCCUGCGGAUCCCUGGAUCAUCCAAACCCAGGUGGAUCUGGUGAUGAAGGAUCUUGAUAAGGAACUAAAUAGCUCCGAGUACCUUCGCAAAAAUCACAAGGUGCGCGAGCAGCUGCGCAAGAAACUGGAGAACUUGUCCGGCACCGCUUUCAGCCUGCAUCAGCUGUUGUUCGAUCUGGACAACGCCGUCCUGCAGAACAACUAUGCAUUCGACCGAGUCAGCGACCCGGACGUCAAGUUCCUCCUGGAGACGAAAUUCUUGCAGAUAUACGCGAAGAGCGCUUCCGAGCAUGGCUGGCCGCUCGUUGCCAUUACCGCAGUCUCGCAGGAGCGGGAUGAUUCUACCCUGCAGAUGACGGCAUUCGAGCGGACCGUGAAUCCGGUCAAGGACAGCAGUGGCAGUGACCUGGCGAAUCCUUCCCAGAGCGCGCAGUUGGCAACCACCCUGGACUAUGUGUGUGUCGUCGACAACAAGCCUGUCCCGCCCAUCUCCCGCUUGGGCUGGAACUGGGUAUUGCCCCAGGAUGUUGGGGACAGCAGCGGGGUCAUUGCCAUCAACCGUGAUAUCUUGACCCGCCACAUCGCCACCAAUCUCCACACGACGGCCAAGACAUCGUGCUUUGCCAUUGAAGUUCAGGAAGCCCGGCUUGAACGGCGCGAUAUUGACCGGCUAGAUCUCGCAUUCCCCGCUGGUAGUAGUCAUGUCAUCCACAUGGAGAGCCAGGCAGAUACCGAAGGCUACCAACCACAUGAUGAAGUAAAUGAAUACGAGGGUCCAGAGAAGAUGAAGGUUGGAGCAUAUGUUGAAGUGCAGACCAAAUACGCCUUGGAUGUGUUUUUUGAGGCGUCCAGUGUCCGCGUGGUCCAACAUUCUCAAGUCGACCUCAGCUGCAGCUUCGCGGCACCCCUCGAUAACCCGCCAGUUGGGGGUGGACCGCGGAGCUUGUACUAUAUCGACAACACCUCCCAACUGAGAAUGAAGGCGGUUGACAAGACCCUGACCGACACUUACAGCAUCACCGUCGAUCAGAAGGGCGGAUUGCAACUGGUCAAAGCCAGCGAAAGCCUCGACGACCGGUCAGACAGCGAGCCUCAGCGACUGACGCCUGCCGAGAUGACCGCCACCAUGACCGCCACCAUCUUCGAAGAAGUGCGCAACGACUUUAGCCAGCUGUCUACGGGUGAUCUCCACGAGCUCGAAAUCAGCCAGUUGCAAAGCUUCAUCUUUCCCGGAGCGAGGGUCUUCACAUACAAGGAUCCCAGCUUCUCGGACCAUCAAGAUUUGGUCUGCAAGAUUACAUAUCUUGACCCCGUCCAGGUUAGCCCGUCCCAACCGCCUCGGCAGUCCCAGCAGUCCCAGCAAUCCGAGACAGGUCCAGUCGACCGCAUCCCGGCUGGGGACUCUCACUGCUCCCCUCCUCCUCCGCCUGGUACAGUCGGGAAGCUGACGGCCUCCACAGAAUUGAUGCAGAACUACGUCCAAGGCGAAAUCAUCUCCCCGACUGGCAAGUUCGAGGCGUUACAGACAAGCAGCGGCCAUGCUCUCCUCUUCGCGGUGGAUACUCCCGGGGUAUUUCAUGUAAUCAAAGAACAGAGCGGCACUAUACAGACAGGAUGGCAAAUUCAUGACCUCUCAACGGCGGGUAUUGAGACCUACUUCCCUGGCCAGGCUUCUCAUGCCACAGUGCAUACUAUCGACGUUGGCCAAAGUGCGGCGGACGGUAGCAUUGGCCUGAUGAUGGCCGUAAAUAUUGAUGACAAUGAUCAUCUGUUCGUCUCGCUUGGUAACUCAUGUGAUGACACCUCGUGGGUGGCUCAUCCUACCUGGACGAUGCUGCCCUUCGAUUCAGCCACAGAGGCAUCUCAGAGGAUUUCCAUCACCGGGUCCCUGUUCGCCGAGACCCAGGACAGGAAACAAUAUUUAGUUGUCGAUAUCAACAGACCCCAGAGCACGGGUGACCCACAUAUCACCCGCUAUCAUAUCGACCCUUCUCGAGCGAAUGGGCAUUACUGGGCCAAACACGACGUAGCUGUCGACAUCGCCUCUGCCGAGUAUCAGAGCACCGUUGGGCGUAUCAGCGGGCAGCCUGUCGAUGGAAUCUACACAGCCGGGACCACAGGCGGACGGCCGCAAUUUGUCUACGAACCGAUCAUAAACUACUACGGGGUGGGCCCGGUCACGCCGCAUCGAUUGCGGCUACCGGGAGAUUCUCUUCCGUCGGCCAUUGCCACAGCACAUCGUGCCGGCACUGAUGCAUCAACGGACCUCUACGCGGUUGGCGAAUCCACCUUGUACCGUUUCCCUGCCGAUGAGCAGGGCGAGGACGAUGAGCCUAUUCCCCUGCUGACAAGUGAUAUCCUUCGUGGUACCGAUACUCUUCGCGCCAUGACGCAUGACGGAGUCACCGUACUCUGGGGGCGGACUGCCAGCGACACCGUAUACUACCUUAGCUGCGUAGAGGAUCAGCUGAACAACCCUGCAGCGUGGCACACUCCCAUACCGAUUCUGUCCGGGGUUGAGCGCAUCUCCACAUAUGUAAACCGGACGGACGGCGGCAAUACCGUGUUCGCCUCGGGCAAUGGAAGACUGCAUAAGUUGAUGCAGAACCCGGAUCGUUUGACCGGUAAUGGAUGGCGUGAGCAGGAGAUUGCAAUCGCAGUCCCGCGCGAUCGCGAACCCCUCAGUUUCAUGUCGUACGUGACAUGUGUCCAGGUCACCCAGCUUGAGAAGGAGCUGCCAGUGCAAAGUGCCAUGGUCAACCUCUCCGCCAGCAGCCGCACCCCGGUGUAUAUCAACGGGCUUUACUAUUCACUGUCUUCCACGCCGAUUCAGGUCGCCACCGAUCUGAUGGGCUCAUUGACUAUCGUUGAAGCCACUGACAGCCUCACGGCUACCGCGUUGACGGUUUCGCUUGAGAAUACGACGCUCACCAUCAACCCCAUGGACAAGUCGGUUGCAAAGCUGACUGCCUUGGAUUCGGCAGAGAAACUACGAGGGGCCCGCUUCCCAAGUCACAUCGUCGCUGGGGGCAUAGACGGUUCGCCUGAGCUGAUCCCCCUCAUGGGGCCGUCUAUCGGCGACGAAGAUGUCGAAGCAGUGGCGACGAAUAUGACUCUCCUUGGAGAAUGCUACGCGAAGAUCUGGAAAAGGCCAGAGAAGCCGGAUACUACUACGCACGAAAUUGGCGCCUUGGCCGGCGAUGUUGAGAAAGCACUGCAGGGACUCGGAGACAUUAUCAGCACGACGGCUGGUGACCUCUUCCAGGCGCUCAAGCACGCGGGCAAGUCGGUGGGUAGAAUCGUGUAUGACACAGCCUCGAAAGGCCUGCACAUGGUCCUGAGGAUCGGUGAGACGGUCUAUCAUGCUGCGCUGGACACAUACCAUGCUAUAGUCAAGGGUUUGGAGUGGGUCUACAACAAGGCCAAGGCAGGUCUCAAGGAGCUAUUCAGGUUGCUGCAAGCUUUGCUGGAAUGGGGUGACAUCAAGCGCACCAAGCAUGUCUUGAAAAACAUUACAAAGCUCUGGCUUCAGGAUCAGGUGGACAGCAUCCCUCGCAUGCGGCAGAAGUUUGAUAGUACGAUUGCGGAGGUGGAAAAGAAGGCGAACGAGUGGGCCAACAUCGGCGACUGGUCUUCAAGCCUCGGAGCAGCGACGACUACGAACGCGUUGUCCAGCAGUGCCACGGGCUUAUCCAACGUCCUGACCCCGGACGCAAAGUAUCUAUCCGACAAGUAUCGAGACAAUGCCCACCAGCUGACGGUGGUAGGCGAUCUGCCAUCGGGAGACGGUGUUCAAAGCCUGCUUAACGAGCUGAUCACAGCGGUCUCCAACGAGGGCCACGUACUGGAGGCAGUGGUUGGACAGCUCCAGAGUCUUGCCAGUCAGUUUUCUUCGUUGAGCGUUGAGCAGGUCCUCCAGCGCCUGGCUGUGAUAUUAGUCGACGGCACUCUAUCCAGCUUGAAGGUGGUGGUCGAUGCUCUGCUCAACGUGGUGGCCGUGAUGGCCCAGGCAGCCCUGGACAUCCUCGACACCAAGAUCCACAUCCCCGUUAUCUCCACCAUCCUCAACCAAGUCGGCAUCAGUGAUCUGUCCUUCCUCGACCUUUUCACCUACAUCGGCGCUGUAGCUGUGACGGUGUCUUACAAGAUCGCCGUCGGCCAACCCCCCUUCCCCAAGCACGACCGCUUCCAGCAACAGGUCAGCGUCGCAACAGCCUGGUCCGCCGUCGAAGACCUGUACCAGGACAUGCAAGCCCUGCCCAGCAAUGCCAAAAAGGGCAUUUUCAUGGGCUGCCACAUGUUCUCCGGAGUCAUGGUCUACGUGGGAAGCCUACAGAAGGCCUUUGACGCGGAGGGCCAAAAGGCCAAUAAAGUCCUGGGGGUCAUUGGGACGAUUUUGGGGAUGGCCAGUACGGCCACCACCGCCGCCGCCGACUCCCUCAUCCCUAUGGCCCCCAUCGAGGCGGCCCCAUUCAAGAUCCUCUCCAAAAUCACCACGGCAGCCAAGAUCGGAUGCAAGCUCGUCUUCGGCGGUCUGGGUCAGUGGACGUUUGGCAAAGUCGGGCUCAACAAACUCGUGAUACAAGAUGCUCGCGGCGCCGGCGCGAUCCUGGAUGCCGCACUGGUCCCGCAUGCCGCACUGGUCACGAUCUGGCAUUUCUAUGAGAUCAGUCGGAGCCCAGAUUCCAUGGAACGAUCGUCGGCAAUCUCGAGCGAGGUGGGAAAGCUGGCGAACUAUAUCGCGCGCGUCGCGUAUGCGGUCGCGGUGAGUGAUGAAGAGGAGAGUAGUAAGCAGGUUGCUAUUGUUGUCAUGGCUGCUGCGAAUGACGUUUAUGCCGGCUUGCUGUUUGCUGAGGCUAUGGUCGGGGGCAAGGCAAUUGGCUGAUCGGUUGUCUUAUGUCUUGUCUGGUUUGGUCUUUUUGCUCUAGUUCUUCAACCCAUCAUAAAUCCUCACGACCUCCUUGAGAAACUUCCAAUGCACCUCGGUAAUAACAUGCGUCGACGUGGUGCCGUGUGACCCAAAGCCAUAACCCAACAGGCGUCGGACCUCUGAAGAGAAUGAACCACAGGCCCCAGAGAUUUCCAAGCGUUCCAUAUAUACUGUAGCCAAUGUACCAACUCUACAGAGCUCACCGUCAGCUGCGUCAGAGGUUCAAGGCAUGGUCCGAUCGUUGUGAAGGAACGCAGGACUUGUUGUCUACUUUUGAUCCC